AUGGGAAAGGAGGUAUUUACCGGUUUGGCUGAUGCGAUUUAUAGUAAGAAGUCCCUCAACUUCGCCACCCCCGGAGCCCCCAGCAGAAAUGGCCUGGAGAAUGACGACAAAUACCGCAUGGUAGAAGAUGAACUCAUCUCCAUCGCGAGGAAAUUUACAGUUCACCUCCACGCCGCCGAGUAUCACCGCCUAAAGCAACAAGCCAAGGCACGUAAUGCCGAGGCGAUAGAUUCGAUAUCACGGCCCGUUGUAGGGCGGAUGAGCUUAGCUGUGCAAGCCAGGAAUGACCGCCUGGAACGGGCGCGAAAGAGAAGGGAUGGCCUCAAGGCGGCCCUCGCUAAGGGCAAGGGCAAGGGAUUGGAGGUCGAGAGCGAUGAUGAUGGGGCGCUGAUGGGGACCUCGCUGCAAGGGUUAAUGGAAGCGCCCAAAAAGUCGGCAGUGAAGCUAUCGCGUCUCACUUCCGUAGCGCCGAGCACAAGGGACAUUACAAGGUUAGAGAGUGGCGAGGCGCGCAGUAGUCGACGAACACAUUUGACGAGGCCACCUGUGAGAGUGGUGGACAAUACUAUGGAGGAGAGCAGCGACCCGGAUGACCUGGACGUGCCUGUGCGCAGAGCGACACUACCCCCUCUUCCAGCGCCGAGACGGACUCCCUUAGAAAGCUGCCAUGAUGCGGUCAACCCGGGGCUGCCUGCAGUUAAGCACCCUCGCCAGUCAACUUGGCCCUCAAUUUCGCACCCGUCCAGGGAAAAGAGACCGGCCGUAACGAGACAGGAAAUAAAAGAGGAGCGGGAGACUACAUCUAUUAUUCUUUCUGAUAGCGACGAAGAUCUCUUCGCCGGGUUGAAGAAGAAGCGCAGAGAGACUAGGCGGACGAUACCCCAGGCACGUCCGAGGGCGACGGGAGCAUCUUCGGCGUCAGCAAAAUCGGAAGGAACCUCCAAGACGGCUCCUACAGAUAUAAUACCGUCGUUCUUAUUUUAA